GGAACAAUGGUGUUGUAGGCUAUAGGUGGCAACUGGAGGAGCUUCUUGUUCAUGUGCAAGAGGAAAUCUCACACAGAAGAAGAUGCUCCUCUUGGCAGUGCUGCUAACAAACCUACUGCUGGCCACUGUAAUAUCAGGAUCAUCAGGUUCUUUGCUUCAGGAGUCAUCAGUUUCCCGUUGCAGCCUUUUUGGGAAUGAUCACAUCAAAACUUUUGAUGGUUCUUUCUACAAUUUUGCUGGGGACUGCAGUUAUCUCCUUGCUGGGGACUGUCACAAGCACUCCUUCACACUCUUAGGUGACUACCAGGAUGGGGAGAAAAUUGGUUUCACUGUAUAUCUCGGAGAAUAUUUCAAUCUUCGCUUUUCCUUAGAUGGAGAUGUGAUGCAGGAAGACAAAAGGGUUUCCAUACCUUUUGCCUCCAAUGGCAUAUUUAUAGAGAGGGAGACAGGUUAUUAUAAAAUAUCCAGCAAUGAGCAUGGCUUUGUGGUGAAGAUUGAUAUCAGUGGGAAUAUUCAGAUACUCCUUCAAGAAACACACUAUAAUAAGACCUGUGGGUUGUGUGGCAACUUUAAUAAAUUUGCUGAAGAUGACUUCAGAACUCAGGAAG